AAACAAUUUUGAAAAAUUGAAUUUCCCAACUCGCAAGUCAACAGACAAGUCAUCGGAGAAUGUGACGAUGGGAAAAUUUUAAAAACGUGUGGAAGCGAGGAAAAGGAUUUAUCUUUUUAGAAAUUUUCAUUUCUAAAAUUCAUUAAACCUGUUAAAAAAAAUCCUUUAUCAUGCCAGAAGAAACGAAAACCAAGAAGGAAAAAAAACCAAAAGCGGUCGCCGAUUCCGAUAAAAAAAAAUCGCCCGAUGCCAAGAAAGUCGUCAAGUUGAAGAAAAGGCCGAAGAAGACCUACGGUAGACUGUACGCUAAAGCUGUUUUUACCGGUUUUAGAAGAGGUUUAAGAAACCAGCAUGAAAACACCGCCUUAUUGAAAAUCGAUGGAUGUCUUUCCAAAUCCGACAGUUUGUUCUACGUUGGAAAGAAGUGUGCCUACGUAUACAGAGGUAAAAGGAAGAGGCCUGCACCCGGAUUAUCUAAAAAGAAAUCGAAAGUACGCGCUAUCUGGGGAAAAGUCACUCGGCCCCAUGGAUGUACCGGAGCAGUAAGAGCUAAAUUCAAAAGUAAUCUACCCGCUAAAGCUAUGGGACAUAGAAUAAGAAUUAUGCUGUUUCCCUCUAGAAUAUAAAUAAUGUAUGCGAUGUUUAAGUGACUUGGUUUUCUUUUUUUAUCAUAUAAUUCUUUUAUCUUUGGAAUAAAAACAAAUGACAUGAUAA